UCAGAUAUUUAUAACUGGUGAAUAUAACUUGCAAAACACUUCCACAAUAUUUGCAUCAGAUUUUGGAACCGUUACAACAACAAUCAAUCUAAAGUUACUUCAAAUUCAAGGAAUGGCGAUGGGUGUAGUGAGAAGAACUAGUUCAUUUGGUAGAAAGAGAAUAUUCAUUUCAAAUGAAAUAGAGGAUAUUGAUAUGAUUUCUUCGCCUUCGAAAAAACCAUCAAUUCGAAAAGAUUUUGGUCCUCAGGUUUCAUUUCUCGAAGCUCUACCUCAAGAUAUUUUGAUUAGAGUUUUGUGUGGUGUAGAACAUGAUGAUCUGAAGACUCUUGUUCGUGUUUCGAAGCUAAUUUGUGAAGCUGCUAUGCUUGCAAAAAAGCUACAUUUUGCAUAUAGUACACCAAAGAAGGUCCCUGCUUUUAGGUGUGCCUUAGAUCAAUCAUCAGUACUCGCUGUUGAUGAAAUCGAAGCUCCAAAUGCUCCAAAACGAUUGAGAGUGACUCGUUCUCGAUUGGAUAGGAAUAAAAUUGGGGAUCUCUCUGUGGCAUUGUUUGGUACAAAUGAUGAAAAUGAAGAAGGGAUGUCCAAGAAGAAUUUGUUCUAUGGGAUGGAAUUUUAGUUGAAUAUUAUGCUCGAUUUUUGUGUAUACGAACAGGUUAUUUGUAGAAAAGGGUAAAGUGUUGGUACAUUAGGCAAUUUGGGGUUCUUCAAUUGUUGCAUUGAAGAUGUUAGUUUGGUUUGUGCUUAAAUUGCUGUACAUUUAGGACAGAAAGUAUACACACACACGUAGUGAAGAGAUUUUCCAAGUCUGUAUUUAUAUGGUCGGUUUUAUGUAAAAACUUUCAGUUCAAUGUAAACUUAUUUCUCUGUUCAAAAAGAAAAAAAUGUAAACUUAUUUCUUGUUUUUCUGUUUA